AUGAGGUUGACAGUGACUUUGGCAGCUUGUUCGAUCUUGGCUGCUCGUAGUGUUCGGGGAUGGGGCGCAAUUGGACAUGAGACUGUUGGAUACGUCGCUAUGAAGUUUCUUAGCCCAAAGGCAUUAAGCUUUGUCCAGUCAUCGCUGGGAUCGGAGUACUCAGAAUCUCUAGGUCCCGCUGCUCCGUGGGCAGACGAUGUUCGUUUUGAGGCUGCAUUCUCAUGGUCUGCUCCUUUCCACUUCGUUGAUGCUGAAGACAAUCCCCCGACAUCGUGCUCUGUUGAGCAAAUGAGGGACUGCAGUAGCGGUACCUGUAUCUUGUCUGCUAUUGCAAAUUAUACCGCUCGUGUUGUCGAUACUAGUCUUAGUACAGAACAACGUCAAGAGGCGUUGAAAUUUAUUGAUCAUUUCAUUGGUGAUAUUGGUCAACCACUGCACGUUGAAGCCGUUGAGGUUGGGGGCAAUGAUAUCAACGCUGUCUGUAACGGAGAAAGGACUAAUUUACAUGCGUGUAUAAUAGAUUCUGGUAUCAUCAACAUCUUCCUCAAGGCUCAAUACUCCAACUCUGCCAUUGUCUGGGCUAAUGCUCUGGCUCAGAGAAUUCAGACUGGUGAAUUCAAAUCUCUCACAUCAACUUGGCUAUCUUGCUCCUCCACCACGGAACCUGUGAAUAAUCGACGCCGAAGUAUCGAAGACGAUAUCAACGGCCUUGUCAGCGAUGCUACAAUUACACCGCUCGAAUGUCCCCUCGUCUGGGCACGGGAGUCGAAUGCUUAUGACUGUUCGUUUGUGUUCAGCUACACAGGAUUUUCCGAUCCUUGUACAUCCUCGUAUGCGACCGGAGCUCAGCCCAUUAUCGAGGAGCAGAUUGCCAAGCAAGGAUAUCGUCUAGCGGCCUGGUUGAAUGUCUUAUUCGAUGGCAGUACUGGCCUUUGA